AUGUGUCCGAUCCGUCGUUUUAUAUCAAAUAUACUAAAAAACGUGUUUGUCAGGCAUCCGACUUAUUUAGAUCCUGAUGCUAGCAUCAACGACCGCGUCGAAGAUCUCAUCGGCCGCAUGAACGUGGAAGAAAAAAUGUGGCAACUGGUUCAGGGCAAUAUCCAACAUGUAAUCAACGAUGAAAUGCAGCUCAAUACAAGUGCACUUAAACCAUGGGGAACUACUUCAGCUGCUUAUAUGGAACGUGAUCCACUAGCCCGACUUAUCAACGAAACUCAGUCAUGGAUGGUGCAGGAAACUCGUCUUAAAGUACCCACGAUUAUGCAAACAGAAGGUGUGCAUGGCUGGGUCGACCCCAAUGCAACCAUGUUCACCACGGGAAUUGGAAUGGGGUGUUCAUUCAACGUCGAUCUUAUGCACAAAGUGGGUGAUGUCAUUGGCACUGAAUCUGGUUCUAUCGGUAUCCAUAAUCUGUUUGCCCCUGUACUUGAUCUUGCACGGGAGCCUCGCUUCGGACGAAUUGAAGAAGGUUAUGGUGAAGAUCCACAUUUGACAGGUGAAAUGGGAAAAGCCUAUGUCGAAGGUAUGCAAGGCGGACCGCGUCCCGGAGCACCCAAAACUGCAAAGCAUCGUAUUGCUGCGAUGGUUAAACACUUUGUUGGUUUCGCCAGCCCGAUGGGUGGAAUUAACCAGGCUCCUGUUGAAGCCGGCGAGCGAGAUAUGAGAACUAUUUACCUACCACCCUUUAAACGAGCCAUUAUAGGCGGUGGUGCUCUGUCCAUCAUGAGUGCCUACCAUUCGUAUGAUGGUGUACCUUCUAUAAUCGAUAGACAUACACUUACCGAAGUGUUGCGAGACGAAUGGGGUUUCGAAGGCUUUGUUAUCUCUGAUUCUAUGGCCACUCAUCGAUUGUGUGCUGCCCAAUUCAUUUGUGACCCUUCCAUUCCGCUUAACCCUGAAGCUGCUAUCCUUCCAUUGAAUGCCGGUAAUGAUCUCGAACUAGGUAGUGGACCUAUGUAUUACGAAACUAUUGCCGAGCAAGUCGAGAAGGGUAAUCUCGACAUUGAGGUGGUCAAUGAGGCGGUUCGUCGACUUUUACGUGUGAAAUUUUAUCUUGGUUUAUUUGAGCUUCCCCAUGGAGGUGUGUUCAACUACAAUGAUUAUAUCCAUACACAAGAGCAUAUUGAUAUUGCCCAACAAAUGGAUGAAGAAUCAAUUGUCCUUCUCGAGAACGAUGGCACACUUCCACUUGAUGAAGACUCCCUCGAUUCAGUUGCCAUUAUUGGACCUCAAGCUGCUGUCAUGCAAUACGGUGUCUAUGUCCCUCCAGGCGUUUUCGACCGCGGUGUAACUCCUUUGGACGGUAUCAACAGCCUUGUUGGCGAUAAGGUCGAAGUCAACUAUGCGGAGGGUUGCAAGCUCUGGUCACUUGAUGAAAGCGGCUUUGAAGAGGCCGUGGAAGCUGCAGAGAAUUCUGAUGUCGCUGUCGUAAUGGUUGGCACAUGGACCCGCGAUCAAGCUGAGCUCUGGACUGGCUACAAUGCAACAACCGGUGAAAAUCGUGAUCAAAAUGAUUUGGGUCUCGUCGGCGCUCAAUUGAACCUUGUCAAAGCCAUUCAAGCAACUGGAAAACCUACUGUCGUCGUCUUCAUUACUGGUAAACCCACGGCUGAGCCAUGGAUCAAAAAUAAUGUCAAUGCGAUUGUCAACGCCUUCUACCUCGGAGAAACUGGCGGUACUGCUCUUGCCAAUGUUCUAUUUGGAAAGGUCAACCCUAGUGGUAAGCUUUCUAUUUCAUUCCCCAACUACGUUGGAAGCUUGCCUGCCUUCUACAACUUCCCCAAGACUGGCCGAACUAUCAACGCUGGCAAGAUCCAUGAGAACGGCACCAUGGAGUUUGGCCAAGCUUACACGCUGGACACCCCUGAGCCCCUCUGGUACUUUGGUCACGGUAAUUCAUACACUACCUUUGAGUACAAGAGCGUGGAGCUUUCCAAAUCCCAGAUUAAACAGAACGAAAAGGAGGACAUCAUUGUCACUGUUACUAUUGGGAACACUGGUGACCGUGAUGGAAAAGAAGUUGUCCAAGUCUAUGUUGACGAUGUGAUUGCAUCUGUCGUUGUACCCAACAAGUCUCUUCGCGGUUUCGCCAAAGUUGAUAUUCCCGCUGGCGAAACGAGAACAGUCGAUAUAGUCAUUAGACUUGAAGAAUUGGAAGUCUGGACCAUGCAAAACAAGUUUGUCCUGGAGAAGGGUGACUUUGCCCUGUAUGUUGGUGGAAGCUAUGCUGAGCCUAGCUUGAAUGCGACAUUGACUGUUGUCUAA